GCUAGCUUCAAGUUACCCCAAUUAGUUAAUGCUCAGCCAGAUUCACCACAAACUUAUGCUAAACCUUUGUAUUGGCUUACGAAUCCACGUAUCUUCUCAAACGUAUUCGACGUGGGUUUAUGAAAGCAUGGUCAGUUCGGUUGUAGGUGUUUAUCGGGCUAGUUGUUUUCUAAUGCAAGCUAAUAUGAAUGCAAGUUAGUUAGCUAACGUUAGCGUCGCUGCUUUGUAAUGUAAACAGUCAUGUGGCUAGCAGUUAAAAACGUCCCUAAAACAAGGGGAUAAGCGACACAACAAAGGAAACGAAAGCCCCAUUUACAUCAACAGGGAACCCUCUGCAGCCUUUGCAUCAUGUCUAUUGAUUUUGACAGUGCUGCCCUGCAAACCCAACAUGAUGAAGAAGAGUAUGACCAGGAGGACUAUGCAAGAGAGCAGGAGCUGCACAAAUUGCUCACCGACCUGCCGGAUGAUAUGCUGGAGGACAGCAUAGACUCCUCCUCCCCAGAGCUGGAGUACUCUACCUGCAGCAAUAAAAACACUAGCAACAGCCCACGGUCCACGUGGACCCAACAAUGGUCGCAUCAUCAAAGGCCAACUUCUCAUGAACAGAAUGGUCAAGUUGAUUAUGAUCAACGCACCCAUGACGAGUACGCUUAUCAGGAUGGAGCUGUUCAGACCAAUGGACAUAACCCUCAAAGUCAGCCUCUACCUCAAACCUGGAACCAGGAUCCUCAGUUCACCCAGGGGGAUUAUACGCACACCAGCAUAGGCACAGAAAAAUCUACAGAGAGAAAUGAUUUUUCUGCAGAUGAGUAUGAGUCCAAACCAUAUCCUCAGAGCACUAAUAACCCUGUGGUGUUUAAUGGAGAGGCAGGACGCAGGGACAACCAAAACUACGGAGUUCAAAGCGGCAUACACCAUUUUCCUUCUGGGGUGUUGGACAGAGGAGUGGAUCAGCCCACGGCCAGCUACAAUCCUCACCAUCCUGCUAAUCAGCCAAAGAUGUUUAACACACAGGCCGUCCAGCAGGAAGGCCAAUUUGAACAUCUUCAAAGAGAAUUCCUCGACUCUGCCCAGCAAACUGCUGAUAGGGAGCAGCUUGCCCAGGUUCGGAUUUUGAACAAGGCUCAGCAGAGGCAAAUUGAAGACUUGGAGCGAAAACUGGAGGAUUCAAGACGCAAUAUGAGAUAUAUCGAGCAUCAGUUUGCAAUCGCCAAAGAUGAAAAGGAUGGCCUAGCAGUAAGCCUUAAGGAAUCAAGUCAACUGGUUGAAGAGGCCAAGGAGAGAGAGGUUCAAAUGCUAAAUAAAUUGAGAGCAAUGGAGCAGCAAGUAAAGGUCCUUUCUGAGAGAGACCAGGAGAACACGAGGAAGCAGAGAGUUGCAGAUGCUGCGGUGGACAGCAUGAAGCAGCAGAUGUUGGAGCUUUGUCGCUCUGACACUUUGUCCAAGACGCGGCAGCAGCAUGACCGAGAUCUUACCGUCAUGAAGGAGCAGCACGAGGCAGCACUGCUGACACUACAGCAGAAGCUAGAGUCUACCGCUCAGACUCUGAACGAACAGAUUGAUGUUGAUCAGAGGUUACGGGAGCAUGUGAAGCAGCUGGAGCGCCAGAGAGAAGAAGAGCAGCUGGAGAGAGCCAGAGUGGUCAACACCCUGACUCAGCGUCUGGAGGAGAGUCAGCAACAAUGUGCCAAGCUGCUGCAGACAAGCUCGGUGCAGGAGAUGAGUCAGCUACAAAUCAAACUACAGCAGGCUCAAUCAACCAAAGCGCUGAGUGAAAACAUGAACACAGUCCUCCAGGAGGAUCUGGCGGAGUUAAAGGAGCAGAUCACGCUUUAUGAGUCUGCUGUGAAACACGGUGUCAUUGCCUUAGAGCUGAGCAGUGACUGGGAGAACCAGCUGUCUGAUUCCUGUGUGGAUUUAGGACUAAAGAAAGCAAACAGGAAAAAUGGCUUGCUCCACAGUGCCGCACUGGCUCACCUGUCGGACUCCAAGCUGCCAAAAGAUGAAGCUCUGCGGCUGCUGCGGGUGGAGAUGCAGCGCUGCCUGGCAAGUCUGAAGGGGAAGCGGCAGAAGAUCAGUCAGCUCCAGGAGGAGCUCCACCUCUGCCAGGGUCGAGUGAGCGAGCUGCAGACCCAGUUAGAUGAAGCCAAACUCUGUUCUUCGGUCCGAGAGAACAGUCAGAUGAAACAUCUAGACCUAACAGGAGAGUCUCAGAAAGAGUUCAUGAGACUACAGGAGGACAGACUACUCCUGCAGCAACAACUGGAGGUGUUAGAAAUGAAGAAUAAGGAGCUGAAACAGAGCGAGGAGAAAGUGAGGUCUGCCAACUUGGAGCUUUGCACCAAGAUGAGGCAGAUGAUCCAGGAACUGGACCAGGAGAAGCACGAGGCUGCUCAGAGAGAUGAGCGCGUUCAUCAGCAGUAUCGGGACGACGUGGUGGACCGGGUCAGAACCGAGCUCAUGCUGGAUCAUGAUGCUCAGGUGGAGCAGCUGACGGCUCAGCACCAGCAGCAGGUCCAACAGUUACAGACACAGCUGUCUGAGGCCAACGAUAAGAUGUUGGCCGUGCAAGAGUGUUACAUAUCCGUCUGCAAGGAGAAGGACAUGCUGGAGAAAGACGAGGCUUUGAUUAGAGAAAACGAGAGGCAAGAAGAAAGUGUCACAGCUGUGGAGAAGCUGAGGGCUGAGCUUGAGGCUCAACACGAGGCCUCAAUAAAACAGCUCAAAGCUCUCUGGUCCAAAGAAAAGAAGACGGAGAUCCAGGAGCAUGUGGACUCUAAGGUUGCCUUAGCCAAGGCUGCCUGGAAAGCGGAACUGCAAAAGAUGGAGAAGACCUGGGUCGAGAGGCUGGAGGAGGCCAGGAGAGAGAACCACAAAGAGACUGCUGAGGCUGCCUGUCAGGUCGAGGAGAUGGAGGCAAGCGGGUUGACAAUCACUGCAGAGGAGCUGGACUCCAGGCUCGGUGCCCAGAGGCAGCAGCUGCACCUGGAGGCUGAGAGAGUCAAACGGAAAGCUCUGGAGGAAGCCCGGAAACAAGCCCAGAGAGAGCUGACCGAGAAACAUCUGGAGGACAUGGCCAAACAGGUUGAAGGUGCAGUAACCAGGGCCUACAAUCGCUGGAUUGAAGAAUUGACGUCAUUACCAGAAUAUCGAGCUGCUCUCCAAACAGAAAGGGAGCAAUGGGAAGUUCUACAGGAGAAACGCACAGGACAACAGGUAUCCCAGGCCGAGGAGCAGUGGAAUAAGAAGCACAAGAACCAGCUGGAGGAGCAGAGCUGUGGAGCGCAGAGACUGGAGGAGCUACAAGAGGAGGUGGCAGCUCUGCAGAGUCAGCUGGAGCAAGGGAGGAGAGAGCAGGCUGCGCUGCUGAAGGCUGAGCUGGCUGCAGCCCGAGCCGCCUGGAACCGAGACAAACAACAGGAGAUCUCUGUCACCCAGGUCUGCAGUGAGCAGCUGCACCAAAGAAAGCUGGAGCAGGCUUUGCAGCAGGAGAGGGAGGCUGCGCUCCAUAGAGAGGAGCUGCUCCUGCAGAUGGAGGCGAAGCUACAGCAGACCGUAAGGGCCCGGGAGGAGGAGUGGAAAUCUCGGCAUGCAGAGAUGGAGCAGGCCCACAGAAAGCAGACAAGAGAUGAAUUACUAGCAGAACUUCAGACGGCUCUAGCAGAGGUCCAGCCACAACUCCUCAGGGACCCCAAAACAAAUCAGCAGCACACUGCAGACACCAGGAGGAGCAGCGGGGACACAUCAGAGCGCACAAUAACGAACCUCACCCAAACAGCCUGCAAAGACAUUGUCAACAGAGCGGUAUCUCAAGCCAAGAAGGAAUGGACAAGGAUAAGUGAGGAGAGACUGAGCCGUGUGUUAAAGGAGACACAGGAGCAUCAUGAGAGAGAAAUUGACCAAAUGCAGAGCUCUUUGUCCCAGAGCAAGGAGCUGGCCCGCUGCAGGAAGGAGUGCGCCGAGACUUUAGGAAAGCUGCAGAAGAAGAACCAGGAGCUCCAGAGACAUUUAGAGAAGGCCUGUCGUCAACUGCAGCACAGCGUCCGGGAGCACAAAGCUGCCAUGCAGCGUCUGAAAGAUGAGCAGGAAAGCAGCUUGAAAACGAUGAAGGAGGAACAGCUGCAGCAGCUGGAGGAGGUGAAGAGAGCCAAAGAAUCCUCGGGGAGCUCUGAUCACCAACAUAACACACAAGGCCUGGAGGAAAUGAAGCAGCAAUACGUGACGACUGUAGAAAAUAUCAGAGGAGACAUGCUGCGUUACCUCCAGGAGAGUCGAGAGCGAGCAGCAGAGAUGAUCCAAGUCGAGGUGCAGAGGGAGAGGCAGGACACUGCCAGGAAGAUGCGGCGCUAUUAUCUGACCUGUCUGCAGGAGUUAUUGGAGGACGGAGGAAAGCAUACAGGGGCUGAGAAGCAAAUAAUGAAUGCUGCUAGCAAGCUGGCAGCCAUGGCUAAAGGGCUGGAGACGCCGGUCAAAAGUAAAUCUGGAAAGACCUACAGCUUACAAAGUAGGAAUGCAGGUUUCAGUAAGAACCCUUUGACGCUAGCUCAGCUCCCUGACAUCAGGCCAGAGGAGAGAUCCCACAGGGAAAAGACUUCAGAGCAGAACCAAGUCGCCACAGCGAGGACGAAAACUUUGAGUCACAAAGACAUUCCUGCCACUGAGAAGGAGGUGGCGGCGGCGGCGACGGCGGCAGUAGAUGCUAGACUGAAACCCCAAACUGCUGGAUACGCACAUCUCCGCUCUUACAAACCGUCACAUCAGAUGAAUUCAUGCCAGGGGGGUUUUGUGGAUGUGUCUGUGAGGAGUAAAAACAGGGAGCUAUGCCUGCAGGGAGUUGAGUCCGGUAAAGCAGGCAGCCGCCUGGACUCAGAGCGACAGAACCAACCGUUCCUCAUCCAGGAGGCUCCUGUCAGAGAGGAGAGGAGGACCGACUGGAGCAUGAGCAGCAGUGACUCGGACGCAGGCAUCCAGGUUUCCACCCUCUCUUACUCGGGGAGAAAAGUGGAGCAGGUGAAGCCUUUUUCUGUCUCUGCUGCAUCAGCCAGUGACCUGGGAGAGUUUGGCAGCCUCACCCCGAAUGUUUCCGACCUGACUGUCUACAAUGAAAUUUCCAAAAAGACACCUCACACCCAGACUUUGAGCCUUCAGUAUGCAAAGCUAAGCACACACAGGGAGCCCACGCCUGGCUCUGAGGGCGGGGAACACCGGGGAGCCUGUCCCCGGCCUCAGUUCUCUGAGUUAAGACAACGGCAGCAGGACAGCGGCUUCGACAGUCCAUUCUACCAACAGAAAUGACAAAGUGAGGGCAAGUAUGAAGUGAAGUAGGGAGAUAAACUUUGUGCCUUUUUUUAUAGUGUAUAAAGUUUACUCGAUGUAGAACAUUUGCCUUCAUGGAUGUUUGCAGUGUGUUUCUUUGUGUUGCUUUAACAUUAUUAAUGGAAUAAUUUGAGAUUUAAGAAAUGUGCUUAUUUGCCUUCUCGGUGAGAUAAAUUGAUGGAGAUUGAGACUCUCAGACUUGUCUGUAGUUCGCUAAAUAUAAACCUGCAGCCAGUAAUCUAAGUUUAGCGUACAAACUGGAAAUUAGGUGUAAAAUCAAAUCCAUUUUGGAUUAAAAGUGUAAUGUUUGUCUAAUCUUUGCAAAACUGUGUAUAAUAUAAAUGGGAAGAAUAACAAAUAAUACAUUUAAGUAGUCUGGGGGCUAAUGUACUGAUCUGUUUCCAGUAGUACUGUGAGUUCACCAAACAAGAAAUAGUAAAAAUGAAAUAUAAUUUUACUCAAGAAUUUUCUUUACCUUCAGAGAGACACAGGCUAGCUUUCCAGCUGUUUCCAGCUUUUGUGCUACGCUUAGCUAACUUUACAGACAUGAUAGUGUUUUCAAUCUCCUUUACAUUUACUUCUUGACAAGAAAGCCAAUAAGCGUUCAGACAGGAACUUUUCCUUUUAAUGCAGAAAUUGUUCCAGGGUUUCCAGAGAAACAAAUUCUCUGUCCUGCUCCAGAUAAUCUCAGCACAGUCAUAACGCUCCAUAUUUCAGUGUAGCUUUAAACCUGCAGGUCUCAAUGUCAGUGAAGCAAUCUGAAGCAAAUAAGUUACUUAGAAGUGAUUUUUACACAAAGUGUAUACGUGCAUUUUUAGAAAAACAUUGUAGGUCAAAAGCUGCCGACUAUGUAAUAUUUAACCUGUGAUACGUUAAAGACUGAUACUGGCACAUUACUGCGCCCUGUACUGUAGACUGCCACGGAGAACUAGAUUAAGUGUUGCUGUGUCUGUGUUUUUUAUAUUUUCAUAUAUUUUAUAUAACGUUAAUGAGAUAUGCUGUGCAUAGAUCAUAAUUUGUAUUUUAUUUUUAUGAAUGGUUUUAAUUUGUUUUAAUAAAUAUUAUCAUAUGUUUGCAAAAUUAA